UUAAAAAUAUUGCAAUAUUUUCCAAAGAAAGAAUAAAAAACGCUGCUAUUUCCUACCAACCAUUAGCUUUCCAUCGGUAUCAGUGAUUCAUAACUCGUAAUAGUAAGUAUUCAACCCCGGGAAAGAGGGUUUAGCCACACUCAGUUACAAUGGAGGCCAUGAGAUACAUUGGCAUUGGUGCUCCAAGGCUAGUUGCUCCUCCAAUAAUCCCCAGAAAAUCUUCCAAACUUAUUACCACCACCACCUGCUCCGCCAGCAGAUGGGCCGAUCGCCUCCUCGGCGACUUCCAAUUUUUUAACACUACAGCCGACGCCUCCGACCUCCAUAAUUCUCUCUCCUCUUCCACCGCCACCCUCGCUCCUCCUUCCCCUCCCCUUAUUUCCCCACCUGAGCGCUACGUGUCGAUUCCUCUCCAUUUCUAUCAGGUGUUAGGAGCUGAGACACAUUUCCUUGGAGAUGGCAUAAAGAGAGCUUAUGAAGCUAAGGUUUCUAAACCUCCUCAAUACGGAUUCAGUCAAGACGUAUUUAUUAGCCGUAGACAGAUUCUCCAAGCCGCAUGUGAAACCUUAGCGGACCCUGAAUCAAGAAGAGAAUACAAUCAAGGCCUCAUAGAUGACGAGCACGACACUAUUAUCACUCAAGUGCCGUGGGAAAAGGUUCCUGGGGCUCUGUGUUUGUUGCAAGAAUCAGGGGAGAAUGAGGUUGUUAAUAAAAUUGGAGAGGAUUUGCUUAGGGAGAGGCUGCCUAAGUCAUUCAAGCAAGACGUCGUGCUGGCUAUGGCGCUUGCUUACGUGGAUAUGUCAAGAGAUGCUAUGGCAUUGAACCCUCCGGAUUUUAUUAGAGGUUGUGAGAUGCUCGAGAGAGCGCUGAAACUCUUGCAGGAGGAAGGGGCCAGCAGCCUUGCACCGGAUUUACAAGCACAAAUUGAUGAGACAUUAGAGGAGAUCACUCCUCGGUAUGUCCUAGAACUUCUAGCCUUACCACUUGAUGAUGAAUACAAGAUGAAACGAGCAGAGGGUCUCCAAGGAGUGUGCAAUAUAUUGUGGGCUGUUGGUGGAGGAGGGGCUGCACCUGUUGCUGGAGGAUUCACGCGGGAAGAUUUCAUGAAUGAGGCCUUCUUGCGUAUGACAGCUUCUGAGCAGGUUGAUCAAUUUGUAGCCACACCAAAGCAUAUUCCACCAGAACAUUUUGAACUAUAUGGAGUGGCACUUGCCCUUGUUGCUCAAGCUUUUGUUGGUAAAAAGCCUCAUCUUAUCCCAGAUGCUGAUAGGCUAUUCCAACAGCUUCAAAUGAAGCUAACAGUUCAAGGGAAUGCUGUCCCUGUCUAUAGUCCCAAACAAAACCACGAGAUGGACUUUGCUUUGGAGAGGGGCCUUUGUUCACUUCUUGUAGGGGAGGUUGAUGAGUGUCGUGCAUGGUUGGGCUUAGACAGUCCUACUUCACCUUACAGAAACCCAGAAGUUGUUGAUUUUGUGAUGGAAAAUUCAAAGGAUGAUGAUCUCAAGGAUCUUCGUGGACUUUGUAAACUGUUGGAGACGUGGUUGAUGGAAGAGGUUUUUCCUAGAUUUAGAGACACUAAGUACAUACAGAUCAAGCUUGGAGACUAUUAUGAUGAUCCUGCUGUCUUGAGAUAUUUAGAAAGAGGAGGUCAUUCACCCUUGGCAGCAGCAGCAGCCAUAGCACGGAUUGGUGCUGAGGCUACUGCUGUUAUUGACCAUGUGAAGGCUAGUGCAAUUCAGGCAUUGCGGAAGGUGUUUCCUCUCAAUAAGAAGGGUGAGAAUAUAGGAUUCCCAGAAAAUGCUGGAGUGAAUUAUUCUCUUUCUGAAGUAGAGGCAGAAGAGCCUGUGGAAGAGUAUGAUCCAGAUAAUGCCGCCAUCAAAGCUGAAAGUUCUGGAAAAAAUACUUAUGGUGAAGUGCCUGAAGAAGAAUUGAUUACUGAUAGAAUAAAAGAUGCAAGUGUGAAGAUCAUGUGUGCCGGUGUGGCUGUUGGACUAAUGACUUUGCUGGGCUUGAAAUAUUUACCCACUUCAAAUGGAUCCUUUAUUCGACGUAAUGAAACUGGUUCAGCAAUGGCCGUCAACACCAUCAGUGUGGUAGAGCACCUGAAGACCUUUACCAUCUUGACUAUACCUGCUUUCUGCAGUAGAAGUGGAUUGGCAAUAGAUGAAAAAUCUGUCGAAGAAUUGCCCAGAAUGGAUGCAAGGUCCGCAGAGGGUAUAGUUCGUAAGUGGCAGAAGAUAAAAUCUCAGGCUUUUGGUCCUGAUCACUCUCUAGAGAAAUUGCCCGAGGUUUUGGAUGAUCAGAUGUUGAAAACAUGGACUGAUCGAGCAGCCGAAAUAGCACAACUUGGCUGGGUAUAUGACUAUACUCUGUUGGACCUGACCAUUGACAGCGUGACUGUUUCUCUAGAUGGGCGCCAUGCUGUAGUGGAAGCAACUAUCAAAGAAUCCACGUGCUUAACGGAUGCAGUUCAUCCAGAGAACAAUGCUUCAAACACCAUGACCUACACAACUAGAUAUGAGAUGUCACCUUCAAAUUCGGAAUGGAAAAUUACUGAGGGAGCAAUAAUGAUGUAAAACACGGCAGACGGCACCAUGUAAUUGUAAAUGUAAUUCCUUUUUCUGCUGUAGGUUUCAAUAAUUUCAUUGGAGGCAAUUUUCUUCCGACGUAAGUGUUAGUUUCAUAUAUGCUUCUGUUGCUGUGAGCGUGACUAGCUGUAGCAAAAUUCAUCAAUUCGGCUUGUUUUCCAUUAUAUCUGGGCUUUAAUUUU